AUGUCCGAAGGUGUUGAUUGCUUUCUUUAUACCCUUUCGCAGAACAAAACUGACAAGAUGGAAUAUUUUAACAAAACUCACCCAAACAACUGGUCGCUUUUGGGAUAUCUCGAAUGGAGAGCAAAUUUCGCUGAUUUUUCCAAUAAAGUGCGCGAACAUAGCGUUUUUUUCGAUUUGGUAAAAAAGAUUUCUGAUGAAGGUGGGGCAAGAGGCGAAAUGGCGAAGUCGAUAUGGAAAGACUUUAAG